AACUCGGUCAAUUUAGUAGAUAGAUCAAUUUUUCAUUAGAUUUGGAUUCCUGAGAUCAAAAUACGUUAGAAAAGUGUCAUAGGAUUGAUUUUAAAAAUACUUUUCUUUUCGCUCAAAAAUCAACUAUUUUUCGGGAGUUCUAUGGGUUUCUCAUAGAUUUUAAUGACAGGAAUCCGAAUCUGGAAGCCAAAUCUGUCUAUCUAUAAAAUUCAUCAAGUCAUCGACAAUUUACCGAUCUGAAAAGUAAAAAAUCAAAGAUAUCUUGAUGGGAUUUAUAGUUAGCUCAAUUCAAUCGCCGCAUUUUUGUUCCUCACGCAUAAAUAUACAGGUAAAGGUGAAAUUGAUUCUUCGAAUACUUAACAUUUUGCCUCAAAAAAUUCCAUCCUGAGCACCGAAGGGUUUACUUUUCUGUGCCUGUUAUUUUGCAUUCGACCAGCUAUUGCGACGAUAUCGCUAUACUAGAUCGAUACAGUAAAAUAUUACUCUGCCCAGCCGAUAUUAUUAAAAGAAUACUAAUUGUGAUGUAUACAAAUUGAAAGUCCAGGUAAAACAGCUGCGAUUGGAAAAGUUGUUCGGAUGAAAUACACUGUCGUACAUCGAUUAUACGUAUAAACACACACGUUCCACGCAUAGAAGCUCAACUGUGCAAAUCAACAGAUAGAAUUUCAAUGUCAAUGACGUUACGAAAAUUGAUAAAUUGCGAAAUCGCUGUUCAAACUUAGACCAGCUGCUGACUUUUGACUUCAUAAAAGAAACCUUUGGACCCACUGGUGAUAAACGUAUGUAUGCACAUGUGUACCGGAUAAUCACACGAACAUAUUUUAUCUCACAGUCAACAUUGAGCUGCGCGUGUGACCAUUCACGCUUAGAAUUUUCAAUGGAUUUAAUUUAUUUUUUUGCUGCUUUCGGUGUAAUAUCAACGGCCAUCUACUUCUAUCUCACAUUUUGGUACGGAUAUUGGGAGAAUUAUGGACUGCCUGUUCCAUAUGGGACGCUACCAGGCCUGGGAAACAUGUACCCGGUGUUAUUUCUGAAAAAGAAUCUUGCACAUUUGGCGAAAGAUAUCUACGAACAAACUAAUGGCUACAGUAUGGCAGGAUUUUACGACUACAGGAAACCCUCGCUGAUAGUAAGGGACCCGGAAUUGGUAAAGUCAGUCAUGCAAGGUGAUUUUUCGCAUUUUCAUCAGAAUGAAUCUCGCGUGGACGCAGAACUAGAUCCGUUAAUAUACACGAAUCCAAGUUUCAGCUUUGGUACGCAAUGGAAUACUUCCAGGAAACAAUUGUCUUCGGCACUCACCCCUGGAAAAAUGAAGAACAUGUAUCAAUCGAUCGAUGGCGUCUGCGCUAAGCUGGUGGAUUACCUGAAUCAAAAAAUCGCCGAAGCAAAAGAUUCGGACGGCUUCGAGGUGGAAGGGAAGGAACUAUUUUCGAGGUUUACCGCCGAGGUUGUUGCAGUUGCAGCGUACGGUGUAAAUGGUGAUUCUUUCAAUGGUGUGAGAAAUGGAAUUUUCCGAGAAAUGGGAAAAUUAAUGUUCGAGCCCUCGCGAUCGAAGGGUUUAAAACAGCUCGUGGGAUUUACGAUCCCGUUUCUAAGGAAACUGUUGAGAAUAAGUUUCAUGCCAUUUGAACUGAUGAUGCGGUACCAAGAGUCUGGGCAGACGGACGCCGGAUCUGGUGAAAAAUUUGACGACAUGAGCAUCGUUUCUCACACGACCGCGUUUUUUUUAGAUGGAUACGAAUCGACAAGUAUUGCCAUAAGUUUCUUUGCCCAUUUAUUAGCACGUCACCCCGAUGUCCAGCAAAAAAUACGCAACGAGAUUUUUACCGCUGUAAAAAAACAUGACGGAAUAACGUACGAUGCGCUACAAGAAAUGGUUUACCUUGAACAGGCGUUCAACGAAUCGUUACGGCUUUUUCCUGUCUUGGGAGUUUUGAAUAAAGUUUGCACGAAAGAAAUUCACCUGAAAGGAUCGGAUGGACUCAACUGUCGAAUCACUCCAGGAACGACGGUACGAAUACCCGUUUUCGGACUCCACAUGGAUCCCAAAUAUUGGCAAAAUCCAGAUCAAUUUCAACCCGAACGUUUCUCUGAAAUAAAUAAACAGAACACACACAAGUACGUUUACCUACCUUUUGGCGAAGGACCCCGUAUUUGUGUCGGAAUGAGAAUUGGCAUCCUGCAAGCUAAAGCUGCGAUUGCGACGACCCUCAAACAUUUCACCUUAGAAUUUUCAACGAGAACGAAGCUACCCGUAGAGUUGAGUCCGAACUACUUCUUGACAUCAGCUGCUGGUGGGUUAUGGAUGAAAAUCAAACCAAUUUCUAAUGGAUAAAUUUCAAGUACGAGCAGAUCAUGCGGUAAUCCCAGCGACAACAGUAUUUUGCUUUUAUUUUUCUAUUCCACCCAUCUCAUGUCAGCUCUACUCAACGCAUGGAACCGAUCUUGUGUAGAAUCGAUUAAAUCUUGCACAAGAAAUAUGGGUAUGCAUUUGUUAUCACCUAUGUUAUCACGUAGGUUCGAGCGCAGUUUACGUUAUUGAUUGUAUUACGAACGGAUUACCGAUGGUAUUUGACGACCGAAGGCCUUUUAUUUUAUUUUCUUGAGUGCUUCCCUAAUCAUCUUUCGCAGGAAAGUAUUUACCAAAUAUAAUAAUCCCAGAAAUACAUGUGUAUAUACGGCGAAUUUUCCACUUUGAAAAGCGAAGAAAUUGUAAUAUCUUUAUAGUUUUCAGUCGUUGUUCAAUUUUGUAAUCAGGUUCUUGUUUCCAUAAUCAAAAUAUAAUGAAUCACUGCCUUGUCA